CAUGUACAGUAAAAGAAACGUGCGCUAACCAACCAUCUGGCUCGAAGUGAGAGAGGGGAGUGGAGAAAAAAGUCGAAAAUGACGAAUUUUGCAACAGUGCAAAACCCUGAAGACCCUAAUAAUGAAGUAGUGGAAGAGCCUGACUUCGAUGAUCCGGAAGGCUUUGUAGAUGAUGUUACUGAUGAGGAGCUGCUGGAGGAUCUGUUGAAGGACAAACCCAAAGAGGCUGAUGGGAUUGAUUCUGUAGUUGUAGUUGACAAUGUUCCUUCGGUCGGACCUGAACGUUUAGAAAAACUUAAAAAUGUCAUCAACAAAAUAUUCUCCAAAUUUGGUCAAAUUGUCUCUGAUCAUUAUCCAACUGAAAAUGGUAAAACCACUGGAUUCAUAUUCUUGGAAUACAAAUCUCCAAUGAACGCAGCCAAAGCUGUCAAGAGCCUCAAUGGAUAUAAGUUAGAUAAACAGCAUACGUUUGCUGUCAACUUGUUCACAGAUUUUGAAAAGUAUGCACAAUGUCCACCUUUACAAAACCUAGAAAAAAGACCAUACCAAGACAUGGGUAAUUUAAGAUCGUGGCUUCAGGAUCUUGAUGCUAACGAUAAUUACAGUGUCAUCCAUGAUGCGGGUGAGAAGACGAGCAUUUACAUGAAUACAGCUGCGGAAGCUAUCAAAAUUGAGGAAAGAGCGAGGUGGACAGAAACAUAUGUGCGCUGGUCACCCCAGGGUACCUACCUGACCACCUUUCAUCAGAAAGGAAUUGCAUUAUGGGGUGGAGAGAAAUUCCAACAAAUCCAGAGGUUUGCCCACACAGGUGUUCAACUGAUUGACUUCUCACCAUGUGAAAGGUACUUGGUCAGCUUUAGUCCAAUGAUGGACUCGAAAGAUGACCCAAAGGCAAUUAUCAUUUGGGAUGUUUGGACAGGUGCCAAGAAACGUGGAUUUCACUGUAUGACUGCUUCACAAUGGCCUGUGUUUAAGUGGAGUCAUGAUGGAAAGUAUUUUGCUAGAAUUGGUGAAGAUAGUUUGAGUGUUUAUGAAACACCAUCAUUUGGACUCUUGGACAAGAAAAGUUUUAAAUGUAUUGGUAUAAAGGACUUCUGUUGGUCACCGGCAGAUAACAUAAUUUCGUAUUGGGUUCCUGAGCAAGGGGAGAGUCCUGCACGUGUCACACUUCUAGAGAUUCCAUCACGUAAGGAGCUGCGUGUAAAGAAUCUGUUCAGCGUAGCCGAGUGUAAGUUGCACUGGCAGAAGGCAGGCGACUACCUUGGCGUUAAGGUAGACAGACUGACCAAAAGCAAAAAAGGUCAAUACUACAGCUUUGAAAUCUUUCGAAUACGAGAGAAACAAAUUCCAGUUGAUGUUGUUGAGAUAAAAGACCAGAUUGGUGCCUUCGCAUGGGAGCCUGUUGGAUCUCGUUUUGCUGUACUCCACGGCGAGUCACCAAGAAUAAGUGCUAGCUUCUACAAUGUCAAACCGCACAGUAAAAUUGAGUUGAUUACAACACUAGAAAAGAAGCAAGCUAAUGCGUUGUUUUGGGCUCCAAAUGGACAGUUUAUAGUUCUCGCAGGAUUGAGGUCGAUGAAUGGUGCAUUGGAGUUCCUAGAUGCCAAUGACAUGACAAUUAUGAAUAGUGCGGAACAUUUCAUGGCAACUGACGUAGAGUGGGAUCCGACAGGACGCUACAUAGCAACAGGAGUUAGUUGGUGGAGCCACAAGGUUGACAAUGCUUACUGGAUGUGGUCGUUCCAAGGCAAAGUACUUCAAAAGUGCACUACAGAUCGCUUCUGUCAAUUACUAUGGCGGCCACGCCCACCUUCUAUUCUCACUGAGGAGCAAAUCAAGGAUUUGAAGAAAAAUAUGAAAACGUACAGUAAACGGUAUGAAUUGAAGGAUAGAAUGAGCCAAUCAAAGGCAUCCAAGGAAAUCAUUGAGAGACGUCGAGCGUUAAUGGAAGAAUUUGAGAGUUUCAAGAGGCAAAAAGAGGAACAGCUUGCUGCAGAAAAGCAAGAGCGGUUAGAACUGAGAAGAGGUAUGGAGACAGAUUCGUAUGAUAGUGGUUGGGAUGAGCUUGCUCAAGAGACUGUUGAAUUUUUUGUCAGCGAAGAAAUCAUUGAAGUCGACGAUUCUGAGUAAUCCCGUUGGGUUUAUCUACUUUUGAUUUUCGCGAUCAUAUUUUGAGAGUGAAUAUCUAACACGUUUCGAGCCUGUAGGUUGGUGGUGCAUUUGAACCAAUAUUUCUGACUAAUAUAGUCUUUGAAGACCAGAAAACGACUUAAUUGGUGGUAGGUAAUUAGUGUCGUUGGAUACUAAUUAACUUGUCAUUUGGAGUCUCAUUUUAUCAUAACUUAUCUAAGAUAUUUGAGUAUUGUCUUAUACAAAUUGAAGUGUUCUAUCAGUGGUGUAAUUUCCUUUUGAAUAUAAAUUUGAAUACGUAAUUACUUAGUAUUUUGUGUGAUACUGCAUUCCAAUAAAGGCCCAGGGAUUUGAUUCAGGAGAAACAGAAAUUCUAAUUGUGAUCUUGAAAAGAUUUGAUAUAAAGGAUUACCAAGAAAUCCUUAAACCCCCACUUUAGUGCUCAAUUAUGGUUUUGAGAAAGACUGUUAAAGGGGCAUUAACAAACUGUUCAUAUACCUCACACAGACAUUAUCUUGUAUAUGGGAUAUUCUGGAAAAGACGGCGUAAAAAGAAGCAAUUGAACUUUCCUUGCUUUUAUAAAUGUAAUGCAGUAUUUAGUCCGAUUUAUUCAUACAUUAAUGUAGUUGUUGAUUUAUUAAUUUAUCAUUCUCCAUUUACGAUAUGAUAAUAAAUUAAAUCAUAAUAGUCAUA